AUGAUUGUUAUGCGUGACCCGGUUUAUACAAAAUGCAUGAAUGCCUUGCAACAAGUGACUGCCCGCCAAGGACGUCCAAUCGUCGUGUGCGAAGAAGGUGAUACUGAAACAAAAAGCUUAGCAUCCCGUGUCUUAGAGGUUCCAAAGACAGUAGACUGUCUUCAAGGAGUCCUUACUGUUAUUCCCAUGCAAUUAUUGGCAUUCCAUAUAGCCGUUUUGAGAGAAUGUAAUGUUGACUGUCCAAGAAAUCUUGCUAAAUCUGUAACUGUAGAAUGA